AUGUGGUCCAAUGCUUUAUGCACAUUGGGCGUCACGAAACCUCUUUGCAACUGCCUCAGCAUAAGGCAGGUAGCAGCCGCUGCGGCAGCUGCUACACAAGGUGGCGCUAUAACAAGUGGACCAUUACCAUCUAGCAAUGCACCAGGGGAGUCUCGUGGCAAGAGACCCCUUAAAAUUUGGGAUAGUUGGCGUAAUGUGCGCAAAGGCGUAGUAGUUGGAACUUUUGAAGAAUUAUUAGUAAGAGGAAAAGAUAAAUUAGGGGUUCCUGCCUCAGAACCGGUGCGUGUUGUUCUGGAGUGCGAUGGAACCCAAAUAGAGGAUGGCGAAUAUUUUCGUACAUUGGCCAAUAAUACGGUGCUACUAUUAUUAAGACAGGGUGAACGUUGGUAUCCAACUGGCGUUGAUGUUAUAAAAGCUGCGAUCUCAGCUAUACCUAAAAUCGUCUGUGAGACGAUUCAUGCUCUUGAUUUACAUGAUGAGACGCCAUCUUGGAAGAUUAUGGAUAACAAGGGUCGUGUCACGGUGGUCCUGCAUUGGGAUCAGCGGCAGGGUGGUGGAGGAGGAGGUGGCGGUGGGGGCGGCAUCGGUGGUGCCGGCGUUAGUGGGAUGGGGCCAAGUGGUAGCGGUGCCAGCGGUAGUAAUGGACACUUAUCUUCAGAUAAAUACUCACCAUCGAAAAAAGGUCUGUCGGCACAAAGUUCGCUGGACAACAAAUCAGUAUCAUCACAAUCUUCACAACAACGUUAUGCCAGCCCACAAAUAACCGUCAUUAGUGAUGAAGGUCCUACUAGUAUAUAUCAUCCGGGUGGUGUUGUAUUGCCACCAGGUGUUGUAAUACCAGGUACAAGUAGACGUUUAUCAAAACAAGGCGGUUCCUUUGAUAGUGCUGUAGGUGCAGUGCAUGUGCAUACACCAGAGUGUGCACAUCAUGCACAUACGCCCAGUCGUGCCGGAAGUCCCAGCACAACAGAAUGCGAUUUUCAUUGCUGUGCUUUGCAUGAGGAGGGACGAAAAAUAGCGGUGCAUAAAAGUGUGGCUACCUCACCAAUACAAGAUGGUACUACGAGUCCUCAGCCACAGCAACAGGCAACGCUUUCAAUGUCUUCGGUUGUGGAUCCUAUGAUGGGUGGUAGCUUACAGCGACGCUCAUCGGGUGCAAAAGGUCAUGUACGCUUUUUAGAUAUUGCGCCAGAGAGAGAUAGUUCCGAGAGUGAGACAGAAAAUACUGUCAUGGAAGAUGACAAAACUACAACAGAAAAAUUCCUUUUGCUUAUUGAUCAAUUAUCUGUUGAUCAGAAGCGUCAUUUAAGUAUUAAAGAUAUCGGCAUCAUACUGGAACGGCUUAACUCCAAAAUUUUGGAUGUUGAACGUUUAGACCGAGAAUCAGAGUCCGAUGAUUGUUAUAAUUGGACGAUAAAAGCGACAAUACGUGGUGACGCAUUGCGGGAAUUGGGUGUGAUUUACAAUGGUAAUUAUUAUGCUAUUUCCGAACAUCCUGGUUACAAGGAAGAAAUCGAAGAAAAUGGCGAAGAAGUGGAGGAGGAAGAAGAUGAAGAAGAUAGAAUAUAAAAAUGCAAUUAAAUUUAACGCAACGCAUAUGAAACAUGCACAAGAGGUAAAAUACAUUUUAGAAAGAAGAUAAUGAAGUAAAAUAAAAAAAAAAUUGUGUAAAUGAUAGCAAAACAAAUUAGUGAAUGAUAACAAAAGGUAAAUUGUAGUAAUAGGAAAUGAAAACAUAAGAAAUAAAA